GUUUAAUUAACUUGAACCGAACGAACCGAGUCUUGUUAUGUUUCUCUGCAAUGGGAAGCUUGGGAAUCUUUUAACAAGAUUUUGUAGAUUCGUUAAGGAAAAUGAAUGUGAAUAGGUAAAAAGCUACCAAAUCCGUCAAGAAAUUUAUUAUUGAAAUUUUUGUUAUUGAAAGGGUUGGAUAAACCGGUUUAAAGUUCAAUGGUUAUAAAUAAAUGCGUGCAGAAUGAAAAAAAAUCUAUAAGUUAUUUGUGAUAAGAAAAAAUAUAACCAUGAUAUAAUAACAAGUUCAGAGGUCACAAGAGUGUGAAUAAUUUGUUGUAAAUACAUUUAAUUAUAAAUGGAAGAAGUACAAAAAUUUAAAAUACAAAAUUAAAAAAUGCGCCAUAAACAAAAAUCGCAGGCUCGUCUUGAGACCACUGCGUCUUGCAACAAUUUGUGCCGCCCACCGCCUCAAACAAGGGAACCAAUAGAUUUUAGGUUUCUAAUCGGUGGAUAUGUUCCUAAGACUUCUACUCUGGAUACUGCAAACUACAAUGCGUCCACAGCGAGUUCAACUGAUACGGGUCAUCAAUAUCACUACAUACAAUAUCAACAGGCUGCGAAAUACAAUUGCUGUCAUUGCACUUGUACCUGUAUAGCACAGAAUGCUCACCAACAACGACCUAUGGUGCAAAAUAGUUUCCCAAUGCAAAAAGAGCAACAACAACUGCAACAGUCACAACCACCAACAUCGCACGAUCAGCAACAGAGUAAUGAUAAAAUGGCAGUAGCUGUUGUUGUGCAUCAGCGCAGUGGCGUUGGAGUGGACACUGAGCAUGCGCACUCGGAAACAUCACUGCUACACCAUUCGUAUCAAGCACUGCAAGUCACUCAAGCUGAGGAUAAACCGCUCAAUGUAUUAGCGAAUUCUAAACAUAACUCAAGUUGUGAUUGUGACUUGGAAUGCACAUGUAGCGCAUCGGUCCCAAAAAAACAAAAACAUUCCAAUCUCGUUGAUGCUGUAAUAGGCGCUGAUGAGAUAACUGUUAGCGAAUCUGAUAACAAUAGCACAAUUCUGAAGAAGAAAAAGAUUCAUGAUUGUCCGUAUACGCAUAAGAAGAUAGAUGCAUGUUGUGAAAAUCAUAACCCCACAGUCAUACGAGGGAAAGUAUGCAAUUCAAAUUACAAUUCCAGCCAAAUAGAUAUUUACAAUGAAAGUAUCAUAACAGAUGGAGAAACGAAUGAGAGACCACCUUUACCGCCAAGACCAGCUUUAGGCCCAAGAAGCAUGUCUAAUACGAGUGUAAAUCCAAGCAACACUGGAUUGAAAAAGUACGUUAUUUGGUGUCUCAUAUGUGGCGGAUUUUCAUGUUUACUAGGUUUACUAUUUCUGGGAGUUUAUUUUUUAUUGCACUCCUACACAAUAACCGUGGGUAGCUUUGAAACCGUACCAACGUUUGUGCCAGCUGCUUUAUUAAUACUAACAGGAUUGUGCAUAAUCAGCUUAGCUAAACGAAAAAAUCGUUACAGUUACUUGAUUAAACUGUCAGGAGUUUGUGGGCUCAUAUCUGCUCUUACUUGUGCCUUGGUUACAGUGACAACUACCGUUCUUCAUAUGAGCAGGUUGCAGGCUUUGCGUGAAUGUGAGUAUGCACAAAAGACGCGUACGUGCACUUGUUAUUCGGAUGUGAUUGAUUCACGUGGAGAUGUAGACCGUGUCGAUAAGGGUAUUCGCUUAGUGUUUGACUCGUUGUCAGAUUGUGGGGUUGUACACGGCUCGCUCUACUCAUGUCUUCGAGCAAUUUUUGGACUAUCUGUGGCUGGCGUAUUAAUAGCAGUGUUUAGUUGUAUGCUGGUUUAUCAGCUAUUAAGUCAUGAACGAAAGAAAAUGUACUGGGAACAACUUGAAUUACGUUGUCGUUCUCUUUAUACUAGUCAACAUGCGCCACCAACGAAUAUUGCGCCAUCAAAUACACGUAAUCCUGUUUGCCGUUGUUGCGAACAGUGCCACGCUCAUCGUCAAAUGCCAUUACAAACCACCGCUUAUCCUUGGGAUGAAAAUGUUGAUCCUCGUUUUUGGAAUGGUCCACAAGCAAGUAACUUUUACUCCCCAAAUCCAGGGACAGAUGAAGUACAUGCUGGCCAGCUUUGUCGUGGACAUGCGCCGCCCAAUUCUCGUACUCGAACAACUGGCUGGAGUUGGCCUCGUAUGCCAUGGCAAAGAAACACUCAAGAUGCAAAUCCUCGAUUUCGUCAAACACCUUCCAGUCCGGACUCACAGUAUGGUUUUUCAAACAAUGCACAAAACAAUGAACAUGUUAUAAAUCAAGAAGAAUUAGCAGUGGCUCCACGAAAUGCGCAACCCUUCAAUGUUGUAUCAAAUUAUGGUGUUUGGGGACCACCACCACCAUACAGUGACCCCAAUAGUCCGGCCCGUCGGGGAUACUAUCAGUAUAUACAGCCUAAUAAUUGUGUUGGUCAUAAUGCGCCAACUGAGUGCAACACCAAUGUAACACCUGCAGAACAGCAUAUGCCAUGCAUCAAUCACCGUGGUCAAUUUCUUGAACACCGUAGUAUGCCUUGCACUACACAAAUCUCCAAUACGAGAAAUUUAAAUAAAAAUAAUAAUGACAAUAGUAGUAACAAUAAUUUUAAGUCCAAAAUGGAAUAUGAUAAUGCACAUUCCGAUGAGGAUAUUGGCACCGCUUGCGAUCGUUUUUCUAACACUCUUCCAACUCGCAAAAUGAAAAAACGUAUCGAUACUGGUCAUAAAAGUAUAGGUCAUAAUUCUAAUACUGCUGUAAGUACACAAAGAAUUAAUGUACAGCAAGUCUUUCCAAAUGCUUCUGGAAACAAUAACAUCCUUUCUGGAGAGCCAAGUACCAGUGAAGCUACGUCAGUAAUAGUACGCAGCAGUGAAGACAACGCAAGUGGUAGAGGUUUGUGUCAACAGUCAAGUAUGCAUCAGCUCGGAGUUGAGAACUCAGCUUUUCAAGGCGCAAGCGCUGAUUGUGGUGCCACUGCGAUUAUAAACAAUAAUUGCGAUCCAACAGAAUCUGAGGUUUAUUUCGCAGAUGUUAGUAGUUGUUGCAAUAUAUCAGUCAAGAAUGAUAACUUUUACGAUGAAACUAAUCAACGCAAUCUUCAUGGUAUGUUACUUCACCAUCACCACCACCAACAUAGCAACUGCAGUCAUAGCAGUAGUGCAAACGAGGAUUAUCUAGCACAACGAUUCGGUAAAAGAGAAAAUUCAAAACGCAGUCGCUUACCAUUUCCACAAACACGUAAUGAAAUGUAUGAUGAAGACAAUAAUCCUAUUAACAUGAGAUGUGGAAACAAUAUAUCAAAUUUGAAUAAAAUGCAGAAGGAAAUAUCUCGACAAAGCAUGUGUUCAACCGAAUCAGAUGCAAAGACUGAAUUUACUGAUCUAUCACCAUCGACUCCCUGCAGUAAUAAAUUCAUUCAAACUAAUCAAAUUCCAACCAAUAACAGCAAUGUUAACAGUAAUAACCAAGAUCCAAAUGAAAUAGUAAGACCACCUGUUAAUUUCGUUGCAACUUUUCCUUAUUCCUCCGAAUCGCAAAGUUUGGAAGCCCAUCGGCGCUCAACAAAAAAUGUACAACAGGAACUAAUGCUAGCACCCGAAGCACACUAUGAGGUAAUCAGUGAAAACAAUUGUGAUUUCGCCAAAACAACAGGAAUGCAAAAACUGUCCCGCCCUAACAAUUUUUUAAACAAUAAGCACAAUGAGUUUAUACACAAAUCCAAACCCAAAUCCAAGUCAAGAGAGCGUUUAGACACGAGUGAAAAUUAUAAGUCAGAACUCGAAUGGUCUGAAAGUAGCGGAGAUAAUCGAAGACAUUUGUGAAACGAAGUUUUUGUCUAGUUCAUAAUUUAAUAACGCAUAAUAUGUAUAGAUGUUUUUAUAAAGAUAGAACUUAAAUCUAUGCUUUUGAAGAGUAGCACGAAUACAUGGGAAAUAGUAACGAACGAUAUUGUCAUUGACAUCUUAGAUAUAUUUAGUUAAGGAAAUUUUUGCAGUGUGUUAGUUACUUAAUUCGUUAAAACGAAACAAAAUAUUUUCAAUAUUUUAAACUAAUAUUUUUCAAUAUCGCAAAAUAAAAAGAGCAUUUUGUUGAAAUUUACAAGCACUUCUUUGACAAAAUCUGAUUGAUGAAUUGAUUAUUUUUAAUACUAUACAUUAGGUCUUCCUAAAACGUGUGUACCCACAUGCUUAAAGCAUUUCAUUGGAUUAUUUAAAUUUAAAACCUUAAGUUCAUUUAUAACUUCUCAUUGUUGGACCUCUAAAUUUAAGCUCAGCCUUGAGUUGUUAUGUUAUAUUCCAAUUAUACGCGGUUUCCGGUUUACCGAAAUAAUGCCUUUGUGUGUUAUAACUAAGUUAUACUAUUAGUUAUAUAUUUUUUUUUUGACAUAACAUUCCUUGAAGGAUUUGAAAAAAUGCAUUCUCCCAUAUUUGUCGAUUUUUCGUUUCCGGUAGCUGACAACUAUUCUUCGUAUAUCAUUUUUCACUUUAUCUUGCAUAAAAUGUAUUUGUUGGCAGUCAGGUAUAAAUAAGGUGGACUGAAUAUUUUGUUUCAAUACUUCUGCAUAUAUACCCGUAUGUAAGAGAACUAUAAAAACUAUUAGAACACAGAAACUCUACAGAAUAUAGUUUGGAAAAAUGUUUAGACGAUACAAGUAUGUCUCACUGAUAAUGUUUUCAAAUUUAUACUUAUUUCAGUUAACUACAUACAU